UUUUUUGAAUGUACCGACAACAAAAACAUUUGAACGCUUCUCUUUGCGGCGAAUUGACAGGUCAGCUUCAAGCCACUUUUUAGCUUCUCGAGUAGAGUAUUUAGUUUUAUUUUGUGUUAUCAUUUAAUUUGAUUAUUAAAAUGUAUAUGUUUAUAGACGCAAUAGAGCUAUUAGAUGAAUUAUAAGUGCACUUACAGUGUUACAUAAACUAGCGCUCGGCGGUCCCGAUGCAUACAACUACAUAAUACGUCAGUGAAUAAAUGGUCGCUAGAUAAUGGAUGUGGAUGCGCCGAACAUAUUGAAGCGGUGCAGCAGCGCACCGUUGAUCAAUGAGGUGGCACCGACGGCUGCUACUUCGCCCACGACAACUACAACGCCUAGGAGUACAUCAGUCUUCAGCAGCUUUAGCAUGUUCUCCAACAACAACCUGAACCUGCGCACGCGACGGCACAGCGGCAGCUUCAGCCCGCUAGCCACGCCACAUAGCCCUAAUAAUUGCUGGGGUCCUCGCGCGCCGCGCGUCAACCAGCUACGCCUCGAGGAGUGCGCCGACGUCAGCAACACGCGGGAGGUCGCUCACGAGAGAGAGGUCCACUCCGCCAUGCAACUUGGCCAGUCUUGUGAGGACCUCACGUUGCCAGGGCUUUCCAACUCACCCACUAGAGUCACCAGGUUACCUCAGGCGGUAUCCCCGUCCCCGACGCGCAAGUACAUGACGCGCCGGAGCCUGUCGCCCAUCGCCAUCCGCGCGUCCAGCUUCAGCCCGGUCACGCUGCGCAAGCGCCGCGGCGACGAGCCGGACUCCCCCCUCCCCAAGCGCGCGUGCUCGCGCCGCACCCCCUCCACCCCAGGUACCCCCUCCACGCCAGGUACCCCCGGCACGCCGGAUGACGAUGAGCUCGAGUGCACGUUCCGGCCCGUGUCGCCGCGCGCGCCCGCCGGACCCGACAACCACACGAGCGAGAACACGAGCUAA